AUGGCGGCUCCUACGCAACUUGCUUACCGUACCCUCAAGGGCAUUGGCAUCAUGGAUGCUGCCCCUACUUAUGAGGCUCUGCCGGGCUUUGCGAGACCUGAGGGAAACCUCCGCUGUAGCUCUUACUCUCCGUGCGGCCGUUAUUACGCAUAUGCAUCUCCUGAAAAGGUCACCAUUGUCGACGCCUCCUCGGGCAACAUGGUUUCGACCAUCCCGGCUGAAAACGUGUUCGAGCUGGGAUUCUCCCCGCUUGGCACCUAUGUUAUCACCUGGCAACGCGCCAGCAAGGACGAGAAUGGCGAUGCGACAAAGAAUCUUAAGGUGUGGCGCGCUGUUGAGAGUGGAGACGAGCACACUGUUGUGGGCAGUUAUGUCCAGAAGUCGCAGACAGGCUGGAACCUGCAGUACACCCCGGACGAGAAGCUGUGUGCCCGUGUUGUGACCAACCAGGUCCAAUUCUUCCAGAGCGACAACUUGUCCACCGUUUGGAAUAAGCUGCAUGUUGAGGGGGUGGCUGAUUUUGCCCUCUCGCCGGGAAAGACUCAGUCCAUUGCCGUGUUUAUUCCUGAGCGUAAGGGCCAGCCUGCUGCUGUUAAGGUCUUUAUUGUGCCGCAAUUUAAUGCACCCGUUUCUCAGAAGAGCUUCUUCAAGGGCGACAAGGUUCAGCUGAAGUGGAACUCUUCUGGCACUACCUGUAUCGUCCUUGCGCAAACUGAGGUCGAUCGUACUGGAAAGAGUUACUAUGGCGAGACUACUUUGUAUCUGCUCAGCGCCAGUGGGGCUUUCGAUUCCCGGGUGGAUCUUGACAAAGAAGGACCCAUCCAUGAUGUGAGCUGGAACCCCAAUUCCAAGGAGUUCGGUGUCGUCUACGGCUACAUGCCUGCCAAGACCACCAUUUUCAACCUGCGCGGUGUGCCCAAGCACACCUUCCCUUUGAGCCCACGGAACACCAUCCAGUUCUCUCCUCAUGGUCGAUUCGUCCUGGUUGCCGGUUUCGGUAACCUGGCAGGCCAGAUGGACCUCUAUGACAUGGAGAAGAACUUCCACAAGAUUACUACUGUCGAGGCCUCCAACGCCAGUGUGUGCUCCUGGUCCCCCGACGGUCAGUACAUCCUGACUGCCACCACUAGCCCGCGUCUGCGCGUUGACAACGGCGUGCGCAUCUGGCACGUCAGCGGUAGCCUCGUGUACAACGAGGAGAUGACCGAGCUCUAUGAUAUCACCUGGCGCCCCCAGACCAUCGAGCAGCACCCCCUCGGUGACCCUUUCACCCAGCUGCCCGUGCCUCACCCUUCCGCCACCGCCUACCUGAGCACCCGCAAGGCCCCUGUCAAGUCUGCCGGUGCCUACCGCCCCCCCGGAGCCCGCGGCCAGCUGACCCCCCCUCGCCUUCAAGCCAUGAACGGCUUCGGCAAGCCCCGCCGCCGCGAAAUCCCCGGCGCCGAGCCCGCCGAGGAGUAUUUGCCCCCGGGUGCCGCACCUGGUGGUGGUGUCCCCCUCCCUGCAGGCGCCGACGAGAAGCUCUCCAAAUCCGCAGCCAAGAACAAGAAGAAGCGCGAGGCCGCCAAGAAGGCCCGUGACGACGAGAACACUGCUCCUGCCCCCGCCCCCGCCCCCGCCCCUACCGGCCCCAGCCCCGAUCGCAACCGCUCGCGUGGCAAGAAUGCUCCCGCCGUCAACGGAAAUGGAAACGCUCCCAAGCGCCCCCCCUCGCCUCCUCCUGCCCCCAUUGGUCCUAUUGAGCCCUCGGCCCAGGAUAAGAAGAUCCGCGGCCUGCUCAAGAAGAUCCGUGCCAUUGAUGAGCUAAAGAUGCGUCUUGCUGGUGGUGAGAAGCUGGAGGAUACUCAGAUGAAGAAGAUUCAGACUGAGGAUUCUGUGCGUAAGGAGCUUGAUGCUUCUGGCUACACUGGUUGA